CGUGUAAGGCUUUCGUAUGAGAAAAUGAAGGCCAUUGGGCUUUCACUCUAUAUGACAAUUGAAGAUAUGUCUAUGCUGGCAGAGAAGUUUCGGGGCUGCUAUUCAGAUCCCAUCCUACUCCACGACAAUGCUGCGACCACACUGCUUACGAUACAUCUUAACUUGGUUAUUGGGACACUUUCUCGAUAUGUGCAAGGCAGGAACGACCUUUGGUCCUUGAUCAAUGACCUGCUGUCAUUCCGCACAUUUGGGCAAUUCCUUCUCACUGAGCAAGGGCACGGCCUGGACGCCAAGAGCUUGGAUACCACGGCUACAUGGCUACCCACUGGAGGGUUCUGCCUUCACGCCCCAAGUCCGCAAGCAGUAAAGUACAUGCCACCCACUAUUCCUAUCGGGAUCCCAUGCAUCGGCCCAGUAUUUGCACGUCUUAUCGUCAAUGGAGUCUCUCACGGGGUUCGUCCGUUCAUCGUCGAUUUGAAUGAUGGUACCCACAUAUGUGAUAGAUUCACCGCAAGGUGUGAACAUUCAGUUUGA